AGGUGGUUUGGAGAAAUUUGGCAGGUGUCUGUCUGUCUGUCUGUCUGUCUGUCUGUCUGUCUGUCUGUCUGUCUGUCUCACUGUCUUUGGACAGAUUUCUGUCAGAUUUUUUCACAGUUGUGCAGGAUAGAGUCACAAAUCCCAAAAUAGAAAAAUAUUGACAUCAUCUUAAAAUGCAGCUUUACAUGGUCAAACAAAAAAUACCAACCCCCACACAUAAGGUUUGCAAAGUUUAAUCAGGAUUGGAGUCUGUGUUGUUUUGUAGGUGAGGACAUCAAUGCAACACAGACAGUGUGGGACUUUGUUUAAAGAUUUACACAUUCCCUGGCAGUGUUAAAAUAUUUUCUGGUUACAGUUGAUUUGGACAAUCUUCCUACAGAGAGUUUACAGAUUAUUUGUAACAUUUCAUCUUUGUUGCUUCAGUCUUGAAAAGAAGAAUAUCCUGCACACUGCUCUUGCUCAGCAUCACAGAUUAUUGAUCAUCUUAAUGUUUAGGUCUCACAUAAAUAGAUAAUGCUCCACUGCCAAAGAGAAGGAGAUAUUACGCAUAAACAGAAGUGCUUUUUCAGUCUUCACAUUAGAGAAAUGGAAUAAAUGCAUGCAACUUUUUGAGUAGAAUCUGCUGGUUUAAUGUAUUUCUUUUAUUUCUAUAACUUAACUUAUUGUUUCAGGGUAGCAACAUUUUUGUUUUUAAACCGAUACUUGCCUUUUCUGAAGGUUUUUGCCCCACAGUCAUUGGGCUGGGGUUAGUUGUGGAAAUGACAAAAAAAAAAGAAAAGAAAAAGAAAAUAAAAACAAUUUCCUUUUGAAUGUGCAGUGUCCCAAACUUGUAUAUGAUGCAUAAUGUAACACCAUGACAUCAUAACUGUAUUAAAAUGUGGCAAUCUGAGCAGAGGGGCAGUAAUAGUCAGUAAAGUGAAGAAAACUUCCUUGAAACGUUUCGCAAACAAGGGAACAAGCACAGUGAAAUCACUCCGCAGAGCUUGUUGUGAGGAGAAGAGACCAGAAAGGAGAACAAGACAGAAAGAGUUUCAUCAACUGAACUUCCUGCACAUUUACUGUAAGUUUGUCCUGUGGAGAGAGAGGGACUGACCAUCUCAAGUACCAGGUCAGGAUGUUUGUUCUCAUCUGGGUGACCCUGGUUUUCAAUGCUGAUACAGGUGCAUCAGUGGGAGGAAGACAACAAUGUUCAGGCUUCCCAUUUGAAUUCUGUAUCACUCUGCCUGAAGGAGAAAUAACAGCUGAGGCCGGACUCUGUGUUGUGAUACCGUGCUCUUUCACUACUAGUUCUAACUUUAUACCCCGAAAUCUAGUUUGGUACAAAUGUGUAUCAACUGAGCAAAGAUGUAGUUAUUCAGACGUUAUAUUCAACACUAACAAAAACAACAUAAAAAUUCAGUCUGAGUUUAGAGGGCGAGUGUCACAGUUGGAGCCUGAUGUGAGUCAGAGGAACUGCAGCAUCAUCAUCAAUGACCUGAAGGAGUCAGACUCUGGAUCAUAUCAACUCAGAGUUAAUGGUAUUCUGAAUGGAAAUCAAGAUGGAUUAAGAUACUCUCCAAGGGCAACUGUCUCUAUUAAAGCUCUGACUCAGAAGCCCGAGGUGACGAUUCCUCCUCUGACAGAGGGACAGCAGACCACACUGACCUGCACUGCUCCUGGUCUCUGCUCUGGAUCUGAUCCUCAAAUCACCUGGACGUGGAGAGGAGCAGGAGAGAAAGGCUCCCACAUCACAGGAAACAUCACUGAUUUCAAGACUGAGAGUCUGACCGCUGUCACACAGAGACACAGUUCAACUUUGACCUUUAACGCUUCAGCUGAACACCACGGCACCAGUGUCACCUGUAAGGUCAGCUUCACAGGAAACGCUGCAACAGAGGAGACAGUGACUCUGAAUGUGACCUGGUUUUCAAAGAUCUUAAAAAACUCUAGAUGUGAGGUUCAGUCGGAGCUCCUGACCUGUGUGUGUAUCACUGAGGGGAUUCCCUUACCCACCAUCAAAUGGCCGCUGUUGAAGAACUACACUGAGUACUCAGUCAUUACCACUGUGACAAACCACACAGUCAACAGCACCGUCAUUCUCACUGUAAAAGAUCCCAGCAACACUGUUGUUGACUGUGUCAGCGGCAAUGAAAAUGGGGAAGCAAAGAUGAACCUCAACAUCAUUACUUCAGAGAAGCAAGAAGAUCAUCAUGGACUGAGUGUAGUGCCUUUCUUGACCAUUGCUGUUGUGUCUCUCAUUGUGAAUGUCACCUUCAUAAUCUGCUUCGUGUUCCUUUGGAUCUCAAGAAAAAAGGUGAAACCAAACCAGGAGGACAGAACUUAUAUGUCACUGCAGAAAACAGACAGAUCACCUGAAUAUGAUGUUAUUGGCCAGCCUCUGAACUGACAAGUGUAAUAGGAGGUGGUACCAAUCUCUGGGUUUUGAGUAAACAGACCGUUCUGUUAAAUCAUAUUUUCAACAUGAGUAAAGUUUUAUGAAUAUAGCAUUUAAAUGUAACUGUAGCUUAUGUUUUGCAUUAUAAAAAAUGAUUCUUUUUAUGUUAUUUUUUUAAUAUACAAGCACAGCUGGUGGAGCAUGCAAUAUUUUGCAACACCUUGCUUCCAUUCAUACACCACACAUCCUCACUCCUGAGAGAUUUCCAGUACAGUCACAGUCAUCCAUUUUAACUGGGAUUUAGUUUGCAGAUCUAAAACAGGCAUUUUAAAGUCAAAUUACAUCAGAUUUUAAAUUUAGUUGUAACAAGGUAUGAGAGGAAAUUGUGGUUGCACAUUUAUCUUUGAUAAUAUCUGGAAUGAAGACUUUGUAGUCUCCCUGAAAAGCAGCAAAUCUUUGAAGUAUGUGUAAUUGCUGGGCUCAAUAAAAGCCAUUAUGAUAUA